AUGGCAAGAAAAAGACAAAGAAAUUCUAUUCAAGAUUUUAGUGAGAGCGGGGAGCAGUCUAAGCGAUCUAGGGGUCCCACUAUGAUGCACUCAGGAUGGGGAAAAGAUGGUGGCAUUUUACAUGUUGAGUUGAAUGAUCUUGGCCAACCUAUUGGGCCAGAAGGAUGUAGAUUGAGUUCAAAACUUGGCGAAAAUACUGAUGCAACUGAGGAUAUGAAGUGUAUUUUGAUGAUGUCAGUUGGAUCUAAAUGGAGAGAAUGGAAGCAUGAAGCAAAAAGCAGUGGUUAUGACUCAUACACCAAUGAUGUUGAACGCUUAGCUAAUCGUCCAGAUAGGGUUGAAGAAGAUCAAUGGCGUGCACUAGUACAUUAUUGGAGCUCAACUGAUGCAAAGAAAAAGAGUGAGAGGAACAAAGAAAGUCGGAAGAAGUUGACUAUGCCACACACAUCAGGAAGAAAGAGUUAUUCUCAAAUUAUAGAUAAUAUGACAAAGGAGAAGGGUGUAAAACCAACUCGUAUAGAUGUGUUCAAAAAAACACAUACGAAAAAGAACAAUGAACCAAUAAAUGAAGAAGCUAGUGAAGUUAUGAAAGAAAUGAAUGAUCUUGCUAAGGUAUAUCCUGAGUUAAAUGUACCUGCAAGUGCUCCAAAUGAUGUGUACUCACAAGUAAUGGGGCCAGACACUCUUGGAAAUGUCCGAACUCUAGGAAAAGGAGCAGCUCCAAGUUUUGUUUAUGGCCCAUUAUAUAAGCGAUCCCAAAAUGAGCAAAGAGAUUUUGAUAAAAGAGUUGAGAUAGAAGUUCAAAAAGUAAACCUCUACUCUGAAAAUUGA